AUGGCUCACCUCGUCGCCCAUUUCGAACAUCUCCACAGCAUCCAGCCGCACUGCCCUAUCGACACCCCUUCGGUCUCUCCACGCCCCCCUCGGGUGCUGCUCGUCGGAAAUCUCUGUCAUGACGUCAUUUCGCUGAAAUCUGGGAAAACGGUCGAGGCAUUAGGCGGCUCGGUCGCGUACAUCUCGCGCGUGCUCGACGUAGUCGGCGUGUCGUCGCGAUCCGUCGCGAAAGUCGGCUCGGAUUUCAAGUACUGGGACGCGCUGGGGGCGAAUUGCCGGCCGGUAUUGGUGGGUGGAAACGAGUCGGAGAGAGGGGGAUCAAACUGUCCGGCAAGGUCAGCAGCAACAAAGACGACCGAGUUCUUUGCGGAUUUCACAGGCUCUGACCGCGUGCUGACAGCCGGCCACGUGUGCGAAGCCAUAGAGCCAGCAGACCUCCCCAGCUUCUCAUGCUCAUGUCCUUGCCCGUGCGGAUGCCAAGACGCACAUCUAUUGUCGAAUCCUCAUCCUGAUCAUUCCACUCCACCUGAUGCUGCUGCCUCUUCCGCUGGGGAGGACUGUGACUAUAAGAAAUGUGACUCAAGACGACCAGUUGGUAACCAGAGUACAGGGAGCUGCUCUCACAUGCCGAUGUUUGAUGUGGGAGUGGCUGCUGGUGUGGCUGGUGAGGUUCCACCAGCAACAGUGCAACACAUUGCAGAAAUUUCACGCCACACAGUGGCAGAUCUACAGUCGAUGGUGCGUGACAUUGACCCGGUAACAGGGGCUGUUGAAUUGUUGCAUCUUGAGAAGACCUCUUUUAUGGCUCUCCUUCCACGGCUAUCGUAUCUCAAGGUCGCCAGUCAUGAAGCUGCCUUCCUGGAUAUCAAGAAUUGUGUUCGGUUGCUUGGCACAGCCCAAUCUAGGAGUGCAGUGGAGCAGCGCAAUGGAAGUGGAGAUGAUCUGAUUGGAGGAGCUGUGCUGCUGACUCAGGCUGAAAAAGGGUGUACAGUCAUCACAAGGGACAGAGAGUUCGUGGUCCCGUCAUUUUCUGCAGUGGAAGUGGAUUCCACAGGUGCAGCGCACUCACAAACUCCUGCUUAUAAUUUAGACACAAUGGCCGCCAAGGGAGAAGGUCCCGCUAUCGGUAUCGAUCUCGGUACUACCUACAGCUGCGUCGGUGUGUGGCAGCACGAUCGCGUGGAGAUUAUCGCCAACGACCAGGGUAACCGCACCACCCCCUCCUAUGUCGCCUUCACCGACACGGAGCGUCUCAUUGGCGAUGCUGCGAAGAAUCAAGUCGCCAUGAACCCCAUCAACACCGUCUUUGAUGCCAAGCGUCUGAUCGGACGUCGCUUCUCCGAUGCUCCCGUCCAGAGCGACAUCAAGCUGUGGCCGUUCAAGGUCACCGCAGGCCCUGGCGAGAAGCCCAUGAUCGAGGUCCAAUACAAGGGCGAGACCAAGACCUUCGCCGCUGAGGAAAUCUCCUCCAUGGUGCUUACCAAGAUGAAGGAGAUCGCCGAGGCUUACCUCGGAACCACCAUUAAGAACGCCGUCCCCACCGCUGCUGCUAUCGCGUACGGUCUCGACAAGAAGGCGACCAGCUCGGGCGAGAAGAACGUUCUCAUCUUCGAUCUUGGCGGAGGUACCUUCGAUGUGUCGCUUCUGACGAUCGAGGAGGGUAUCUUCGAGGUCAAGUCCACAGCUGGUGACACUCACUUGGGCGGUGAGGACUUCGACAACCGUCUGGUGAACCACUUCGUCCAGGAGUUCAAGAGGAAGUACAAGAAGGACAUUACCAACAACCCCAGGGCUCUCCGUCGUCUUCGUACCGCAUGCGAGCGUGCCAAGAGAACUCUCUCGUCCACGGCUCAGACGACCAUUGAGAUCGACUCGCUGUAUGAGGGCAUUGACUUCUACUCCACCAUCACCCGUGCCAGAUUCGAGGAGCUCAACAUGGACAUGUUCCGCAAGUGCAUGGAGCCCGUUGAGAAGUGCCUCAAGGACGCCAAGAUGGACAAGGGUGCCAUCCACGACGUGGUGCUCGUCGGCGGGUCCACGCGUAUCCCCAAGGUGCAGCAACUCCUGCAGGACUUCUUCAACGGCAAGGAGCUCUGCAAGAGCAUCAACCCCGACGAGGCCGUCGCUUACGGUGCGGCCGUGCAAGCAGCUAUCCUCAGCGGCGAGGGCAACGAGAAGGUGCAGGACCUGCUGCUCCUCGAUGUCACGCCCCUGUCCCUGGGUCUGGAGACUGCUGGCGGUGUCAUGACCGUUAUCAUUCCCAGGAACACCACGAUUCCCACGAAGAAGGAGCAGGUGUUCUCUACCUUCUCCGACAACCAGCCUGGUGUGCUAAUCCAGGUGUUCGAGGGUGAGCGCGCCAAGACCCGGGAUAACCAUCUGCUCGGCAAAUUCGAGCUGUCCGGCAUCCCCCCUGCUCCUCGCGGUGUCCCCCAGAUUACUGUCUGCUUCGACAUUGACGCUAACGGUAUCCUGAACGUCAGCGCUGAGGACAAGACCACCGGCCAGAAGAACAAGAUUACGAUUACCAACGACAAGGGUCGUCUCAGCAAGGACGAGAUUGAGAAGAUGGUUCAGGACGCGGAGAGGUACAAGGAGGACGACGAGCAGCACAAGAAAAAGGUCGAGGCAAAGAACUCCCUCGAGAACUACGCCUACAACAUGCGCAACACCAUCAAGGACGAUAAGAUCGCCAGCAAGCUUGACUCGGGUGACAGGAAGAAGAUUGAGGAUGCCGUGCAGUCGACCAUUGACUGGCUCGACCAGAACCAGCUGGCUGAGGUGGACGAGUUCGAAGACAAGAUGAAGGAGCUGGAGGGCAUCUGCAAUCCCAUCAUCGCCAGGAUGUACCAGGGUGCGGGAGGUGCUCCUCCUGAGGCUGACAUGGAUGGUGGCGCCGGGUUUGGCGGUGGUGCUUCCGGAGGUGGUGGCUCUGCUGGGCCCAAGAUUGAGGAGGUCGACUAA